AUGGCAUCAUCUACUGUCCCGAUUCGUACUGACAGGCUCAUCAACUCACUUCCGGUCGAUUCAGACUUGAGGUCUUUGAUGAGGGAAUACUUUGCCAACUUCGAAAACACUUUAGAAUACUGUACUGCCCUUAAGGAUUGGCUCGAACAUGCUCCAACCAAUCACUCAAUUAUUGAGUCGGCGGUUAAAUGUUAUGAUGAAGAGGCAAAAUUAGAAGUCGGGACCGUCGAGAAGAAUUCCGUUAAGGCCUUGGAGGAACUGAGGAGGUUCAAAGCAGCUGAAGAGCCUUUCGUUAUGGAGUUCCUUGAACUGAAAAGAAAGGCCCUUGUGCGGUACGAAUCGAUGCAAGGGAAGGUGUGUGCUCGGAAGAAAACGCUCGAAAAGAAAGUGGAAUCAUGGGAAACAUGGAGGAGGGUGUCAGUGGCCUUUCUUGUUGCCGCUUUUAUUUCCGUAUUGGUUUUUUCCGUGGUGGCGGCAGUCAAAUACGCAAAGCCUGUCAUAAUAGGUUUGGCAAGUGCGUUGACGACUGCUAUAGUUCCGUUGGGAACAUGGUGCAACAAUUCUUGGAAGCGGAACAAGGAAAAGAUAAAGAUGAAGAAGAAGUUAACAGCUAUAAUGGAGAUCUUUGGUUCUAGUGCAACCACCAUACGGGUGCUUGUUGAACAAUUGGAAAUUAAGAAAGCGUCACUGUCGCACUCCGUUGAUUACGUGCUCAAAGAAGGAUAUACUUUGAAGGCUGGGAUGGAUGAUAUCAACGAAAAAUUGAAACUUGUUACGCCUAUCAUCACAGAUUUGCUUCGAGAGACCCAUGACUGUAGCUGUAAAUUUAGGAGGGAUCUGAAAGAGAUUCAGCGGCAGAUGUUGCACAUGCUCUAG